AAUGGAUUACCACCUGCUUGGACUAAUUCUGUCUUUUCUCUUCAAUGGCACAAAGGUCUUAGCCGGUUACCCAAUUUGGUGGUCCCUCGCCCUGGGCCAGCAGUACAGCUCCCUGGGGUCCCAGCCCAUCCUCUGCGGCUCCAUCCCCGGCCUCGUCCCGAAGCAGCUCCGCUUCUGCCGCAACUACAUCGAGAUCAUGCCCAGCGUGGCCGAGGGGGUGAAGCUGGGCAUCCAGGAGUGCCAGCACCAGUUCCGGGGCCGCCGCUGGAACUGCACCACCAUCGACGACAGCCUGGCCAUCUUCGGGCCCGUCCUGGACAAAGCCACACGAGAAUCCGCCUUCGUCCACGCCAUCGCCUCGGCCGGGGUGGCCUUCGCUGUCACCCGCUCCUGCGCCGAGGGCACCUCCACCAUCUGUGGCUGUGACUCCCACCACAAGGGACCCCCGGGGGACGGCUGGAAAUGGGGGGGGUGCAGCGAGGACGCCGACUUCGGCGUGCUGGUGUCCCGGGAAUUCGCGGACGCGCGGGAGAACCGGCCGGACGCGCGCUCGGCCAUGAACAGGCACAACAACGAGGCCGGCCGGACGACCAUCCUGGAUCACAUGCACCUCAAGUGCAAGUGCCACGGGCUCUCGGGGAGCUGCGAGGUCAAGACCUGCUGGUGGGCCCAGCCCGAUUUCCGGGCCAUCGGGGAUUACCUGAAGGAUAAAUACGACAGCGCCUCGGAGAUGGUGGUGGAGAAGCACCGGGAGUCCCGGGGCUGGGUCGAAACUCUCAGGGCCAAGUACGCGCUUUUCAAGCCGCCGACGGAGCGGGACCUGGUCUACUACGAGAACUCGCCCAACUUCUGCGAGCCCAACCCGGAGACGGGCUCCUUUGGGACGAGGGACAGAACGUGCAACGUCACCUCCCACGGCAUCGACGGCUGCGACCUCCUGUGCUGCGGGCGGGGCCACAACACCCGGACUGAGAAACGCAAGGAGAAAUGUCACUGCAUCUUCCACUGGUGCUGCUACGUGAGCUGCCAGGAGUGCACGCGCGUCUACGACGUCCACACCUGCAAGUGA